AUGACGGCCAAUACCACCACGGUCUCAGUCCACGAUGAAUACCCUCCGCGGGCUGACCUGCGGAAAAUGAUGGACCAGAAUCCUCUGCCCGUUAUUGCUCCAGGAACUGUAGACUCGGGUUCUUUGGCUGGCGAUGAUCCAACCAAGCAGGCGCUCAGUGUGCUUUACAAAUUCAACAAUGCUCUAGCUGCCGACGAUCCUGGGGCGCUGAAGAGCUUGUUUUAUGCCAUUGCCACGUGCAAGGGGGAGAUGUUGCUUUCAUCGGCCAAAAAUGGGCUUGGAAGUGCUGAUGAAGAAGUUGAAUGGAAGAUAUGGAUUUUGAGCACCAGACUCGAGAGCCUCGACAUUCAACCAGAGGAUGAGACAUUACUGCAGUCUCCUGGCAAACAAUUGAAUGGCCUGGAGCAUUUCGAGACAGACGUCUUCAUCAUCGGAGGCGAAAAUGCCCUCGACGCCUACGACGCCCUCGCCGGUGGCGUCGCCGCCGCUGCGGACCAGCUCUUCCUGACGCUCCCCUCCGUCAUCGACGCCCAGCUCGCCCGCGACCUCUUCGCCUCCUUCGCGGCAAAGAAGCCGGACCGCUACGCCGCGCUCGCUGCGGCAGGGUUCCCGGUGGUUGAUAGUAGGGAUGGCAGCGCGGUGCUGAUGCACAACCUGAUCGAGCGCGCCGGCGGGCAUUAUGUGGAUGUGGGGUUUGCGGAUGGGGAUGCGAGGGGGACGGCGGCGGAGGUGCUGGGGGGUGGGGAGGAAGGGGAGGGGGAGGGCGGGGAGGAAGGGGAGGGGGAGGGCGGGGAGAAGGAUGUGCUGCUGGGUCCGCGUGAGAUUGCGGCGAGGCUGGAUGCGACGUGGGGAGUGGAUGCGGAGGGCGAAAUUCGCGGCAUGUGGAAGCGCCACUUGCGCGUGGAGAAUUAUUGGAUUAUGGGCGGGUAUACGCAGCAGCAUCGGUGGCACUCGAAAACGCUGGCGUUGCAGAUAAAGGCGGCACUGGAGGGGAUUUUGCUGCCGGCGUAUCGGGAGACCAGGCUGUAA